AUGCCCCCGAGUGUUACAUCCAUACAAGAACAGGAUGGGGACGGCUUCUAUGUUCGCUUGUCCGGCGACCUGGAGCCGGAGCCGACGGCGCAAACUUCCGGCCGCCCAACCGACGCCGCUGGGAGGCUCACCGUCAGGACAGCGCCGCCAAAGCCUCCGCGCUUCCGAACUGUGAACCCCAUGCAGACGGCCUUUCCGUCCAACUGGAGUACGGCACGCGGCCGGCCAGACUACGCACUCAGGGCGAAGAGGAGCAGCAUGGUCGAUGGCUCAGCGACGCAGCCGCCGCUCGCCGUGCAGAAUCGGCGGCUUCUGAAGCCGUCGGCGACGAGACCGCCCACGCCGUUCGUCGAGUCCGUUGCGGCGGCUGAACACCUGGCGCCUGGUCGACGGUGCUGCCAGUUGCGAGUGUAA